GUCGCUCGGUCGAGCGCAGUCGAGCUCGGUCGCUGCGUCGAGGUGGAUAGCGUGCGAUGGCUGCUGGUGAUUCGACGUCGCUGCGUCUGCUACCGAAUACGCGUUGCGCUCAGAUCCACACGCGCGAACAGCUGGAUGUUCCAUCGUCGAUCGGGGAGUGGAGCGACGACGGCGACGACUCCGUGGGCUAGGACGACGCUCGCUUGUUGACACUCGCACGUGCGCUCGCUGCUCGCCGUUGACUCUCGGAAUCGUGUCGCAGGAUGGAAGCGCACAAGAGGACCCAGCGCGAGGACACCUCGGCUGGGAACAGGCUGCAGAAUCACACCUGGAGCUACGGUAACGACAGCGAGGAGGAGGAGAUCAUCAGCGAGAACACAUUGCUCAACGAGGCCAGCGACCAGAGGCGAAAUCAUUCUACUCCGUUGGAAUGCAAGACUUGCCCAGUCACGACGUUCGCGGAGGAGAAAAUGCGGCGCAAACUGCGAUUCUUCUUCAUGAAUCCGGUGGAGAAGUGGCAGGCGAAACGGCGAUUCCCCUUCAAGUUCGUCGUCCAGGUUAUCAAGAUCAUUCUCGUUACCGUGCAGCUCUGUUUAUUCGCGCACAACAAUUAUAUGCACGUGAAUUACACUUGGGACAACCGAGUCACGUUCUCCCAUCUCUUUUUAAUGGGAUGGGAAUCCGCUCAGGAGGUACCUGCGUAUCCACCUGCGACUGGGCCGUUGGCCAUCUACAAGCAGAGCGAUUUCUUCGACGCUAUCGAUUACGCUCUGCACGGUUAUUACAACGUCGACGACGCCAUCGGCUCGUACUCCUACAUCGCCGAAGAUAACUCGGUCGGUCCCGUCACCAUGUGUCUUUAUCACUACAAGGAGGGCAUCAUAUUCGGCUUCAACGAGAGCUACGUGUUCGACAGCGAGAUUGUGGAAACGUGCAUGAACAUCAGUCUCGAGACCUUUCACACGUUCAACUCGUCGCACAGUCUUCUGCAGGAUAGAGAUAUCAACGUGAAUUUCUCCGCGCUGGUGCGCGCCCACCUGAAAUUUGCGCUGAAGACAGUGAAUCUGAAAGCGGCCGGGCCAAUGUCGCCGCCCGACUGUUACCGUUUCAACAUCAAGGUGAUCUUCGACAACCGCGAUUUCGACGGACAGAUGCUGCUCUCGUUAGACGCCGACGCUAGGAAGCUGCAGUGCAAAGGCGACACCCGUUACAUCACGGACAAUCGCAUCGAGUCGGCGCUGAGGACACUGCUCAACUUGCUCGUCAUACUGAUCUGCACGAUCUCUCUGCUGUUGUGCUCGCGGGCGAUAUACAGGGCGCAGGUGCUCAAGUUCGAGACUAUUAACUUCUUCAAGAAGACGUACGGUACGACGCUAAGCCUCGAGGGUCGACUGGAAUUCUUGAACUUCUGGUACAUCAUGAUCAUCAUCAACGAUCUCCUCAUUAUCAUCGGUACCGUCAUAAAGGAGCAAAUCGAACGGAAACAUUCCGAGAGCGAUCACUGGAAUAUCUGCAGUAUAUUUCUCGGGACCGGAAAUCUGCUCGUGUGGUUCGGCGUGCUGCGCUACCUCGGUUUCUUCAAGACGUACAACGUCGUCAUUCUGACUCUGAAGAAGGCGACGCCAAAGGUGGCGAGAUUCCUGAUAUGCGCGAUUCUCAUUUACGCCGGUUUCACAUUCUGCGGCUGGCUGGUGCUCGGUCCGUACAAUAUGAAGUUCCGCUCGCUCGCGACCACCUCCGAGUGCCUGUUUGCCUUGAUCAACGGCGACGAUAUGUUCGCCACGUUCUCCAUCACGUCUUCCAAAUCGGCUGUGCUGUGGUGGUACUCUAGAAUCUAUUUAUAUUCGUUCAUCUCGCUGUACAUUUACGUUGUCCUAAGUUUGUUCAUUUCUGUGAUAAUGGAUGCGUACGACACGAUCAAGAUCUAUUAUCGCGAGGGUUUCCCGAAGAACGACCUGCAGACUUUUAUAGCUCCAUGCACGGAUGAGGCGUCGAGCGGCAUCUUCAGGGACGACUCCGAGAGAAGCAACCUGUCGGAGUUGCUCGAUCGGUUCUGCUGUUGUCGGAAAAGGCCCUUUUACGGGUCCUUUUCAGAGUCGGAAUCCUCAACUAAAUCCGAGCAAGUAUGCGGCGGAGCCAUCUGCGUCUAGUGCGUUAACGAAGAGCACCUGGAGGUGUUAUGGUGCGACUAUGGAUACGACAUUAAGUCUGUUGCAUCAACAUCCUUAGUUUAAUUUUACAAUUUCUUGCUUCGAUUUGAAUUUCAACAAAGAAAAUUAAUUAAAAGAAACAAACA